GUGGACACUUGCUCAUAUCUCUCGCACUACGUUCGUCUGCCUUUCCUACGACGCGACAACUCGCGCUGGUCGUUCCAACUCACUUUACUCACUGCAAGACGGACCUGAAGACGGCAUGGCGUCCGAGUCGACUCCGUUGAGACUGCGCUCGACGUCCCUGCAGUACAAUUUGCGCAUCUGGAGACGCGAAGAAGCGCGUAAGCGAGACCUCAAGCGCGGCGGUGUCUUCAUCUUGGCGCUAUGUGCUAUCAGUCUCAUGGUCAUGUACGUCGCUGAACCUCUCGUCGACAAUGGAGAGAGUGACGACACUGCACAGCAGGUACAGAUUCAUGCGGCGACGCAAGGUGUACCGGCGAACAUGACGGCAAACAGUGAAGUAUUUUGCGGACUUACGACGCAAGACUCGGGAUACAUCAAACUGCCCAACAAGGUCGACGACCACUACUUCUACUGGUACUUUGAAUCACGCAGCCAACCAAGCACUGACCCGCUUGUGCUUUGGCUCACGGGAGGACCUGGGUGCUCCAGUAUGAUGGCACUACUCACUGAGAACGGACCGUGUCACGUGCUACCGGAUCUGUCUACAAAACGCAACCCAUACUCGUGGACAAACGAGAGCAACGUAGUGUGGCUGGACCAACCGACGACGGUUGGCUUCACGUACGGCGAUGAACGUGACGCUGAUAACAGUGAAGACAAUGUGGGCGAGAACAUCUACUACUUCUUGCAAGGUUUCUUCGAGAAGCACCCGGAGCUUGCUGGUCGCGACUUCUACAUCACUGGGGAGAGCUACGGUGGCCACUACGUUCCUGUAGCUGCACACUAUCUGUGGCAGAAAAACAAAUUGAACGCUAACAUAUCGAAGCAUAUCAAUCUACAGGGUAUUGCUAUCGGCAAUGGCCUUACGCAAGCUUCUAUUCAGAUGCCACACUACAUCGAUAUGGCUAUUCACAACGCGUAUAAUAUUUCGCUAGUAGAUGUGGCUCAACUCGACGAGAUGAAAGCAGCAGUACCGGUUUGUAUCUCUCUAUUGGAGCAGUGUCCACAGAACGUGACAGCGUGUGGUGCCGGAGAGGAUUUCUGUAUGGAAAAGCUGUUUAAUCCGAUGUUAAAGGCUGGUCGUAACCCGUAUGAUAUCCGUCUGCCUUGCAAAAACGACGGUGACGACACCGAGUGCUAUGAUAUCUCGUAUGUCUCCAAGUAUCUAGAUGCGCCUAACGUACGUGAAGCGCUUGGAGUGGAUUCAAACCGAGUAGGCGCGUGGCAAGAGUGCAACUCGAAGAUCUAUGAAGCCUUCUUAAAGACAGCUGACCCUGCCAAGCCAUUCAACUCGUACGUGGCAGAUCUGUUGGACGACGGCGUACGCGUCCUCAUUUACGCUGGCGACGCUGAUCUCGUUUGCAAUUGGUACGGAAACGAGGCUUGGACUCUUGCACUGCAGUGGAAGGGCCGAGAUGGAUUUAAUGCUGCACCCGAGACCUCGUUUAUCACAGCGAGUGGAACUAACGCAGGAGUAGUGAGGUCGUUCAACCAGUUCACGUUCCUCAAGGUGUUCAACUCUGGUCACAUGGUGCCUAUGGACCAACCGGCAGUGGCGCUCGAAAUGCUCAAAAAGUUCUUGAAAAACGAGAACUUCUGAUAGCAACUCAAAGUCCAGCAGAUUUAGACUCUAACUCUAACUUGCCCAUACUCUAAUGAUUAGAGUACCGGUUAGGGUGUAGAUACGUAACCCGCGUAUGUUCAUUACUCAUUAAACUGCGUCUCCGUUUCUUCUUAGAUGUCCA